AUGGGCGAGCAUAUACCGUCGCCACCUGCUAUUGAGGUGAGUGACUCGCAGUAUCAGAAGAUUGGGUUGCAGUGCAUUUCGCCUGGGAUCGCGACGUCGAGUUUGGAUACGGAACGGCUGCAGACUUUCAACAAGUCGAAGUACAUCGCGUUGCAGCAGCAGAAACAGAUCAGAAGGAUGAACCUGGACUCGCUGGGGGAGUCUGGAACGCAGGAGGGGCAGGAGAACCACGAGAAAGAGGAUGAAGACGGCGAACAAGACCACGAGAAAGAGGACGAUGAUGACGGUGACGAAGACCGCGACCGCGAAAAAGAAGACGGUCCGGAUCAAGAACAUGUUUCCACGCCGGAUACAUCCACCUCUCUCUCUAUGAACGCUUCUUCGUCCAAGUCGCUUAGGAGAAACAAUAUUCCGAAACCACUAUCGCUAAAAUCACAGGGUAGUGGGGCUGGGUCUGCUUCAGCUUCAGCUUCUGCCUCAGCGUCCGGGUCUGGGCCAUAUCCCAAUAUCAGAUCGGCUCCUCCCAUGGUAACAAAACAUACGAUUCCAGCACUGGGGCCCCACUCGUCCCACCAGGGUUCAAUUAAUACUGCCUCCGGAUACAGAAUCGCGAAACCAAGAGUCAUAUAUAGGGGAAGAUCCACGAACAGAGGGUAUCCGCUGCUACCCCCAGGGUCUCUGGGGGCGCCUCUACCGAUGUUCCAAACGUCGUCCCCAAUUGCAGCUCGCGCAAUGGCUACACCUGCAUCUCUAAGAUCCCACGCCCAGGGUCCAGGCCCUAGGCAAGCACCAAUGACAGCAUACCCGGGAGGAUACCCACAAACCCAGCGCAGUUUCGAGCAGUUCAUGGCAAACCCCGUCAGAGCCUCCAAUUCCGUCACAAGAGACGUCUUCAAAGACGAAACAACGCGCAUCGCCCCACUCAGCGUGCAGCCAAAGUCAACAAAAAGAGAAUUCUUCGACGCUAUCGAGAUCGAGGACCACAGCAACAACGUCGUCAUAGAGGGCGACAUACGGCUGAUGGGAGAGAACUUCCAGUUCCAGUUCGAUUCCAUCGACCCCAGCAUGGACAAGAAGAUGUUUCUGAGCAUCUGCUCCAAGAUAUGGACCGAUGUCGUUAGUCGGAACUAG